GCAACAACGCUCACAGCCACUGCGGCGACUUCAGAGAGAGGGCUCCCGAGGCCGGUGGGACCACGGUUCUCUGCGCGGUCCCCACGGGGCUACGACCCGGCAGACGCCCAUUGGGGUUGCAGACGCCUGGUGAGCUGCAGAAGCCAGUGGAGAAGAUCCCGGAGCGCUUCGGUUCUGCAUCAGCCCCGGCGCUGCCCUCUACAGGCUCCCUGCUCCUCCGCUCCCAGUCUCGGGCACCAUGGACACCUCCUGCGUCCACAUGCUCCUGUCCUUGCUCGCGCUGCUGCAGUUGGUGGCCGCAGGCAGCCCACCGGGACCAGAUGCGAUACCGCGGGGCUGCCCAUCACACUGUCACUGUGAGCUGGAUGGCAGGAUGCUGCUCAGGGUGGACUGCUCGGACCUGGGGCUCUCGGAGCUGCCCUCCAACCUCAGCGUCUUCACCUCCUACCUGGACCUCAGUAUGAACAACAUCAGUCAGCUACCCACCAGUCUCCUACAUCACCUCCGCUUCCUAGAAGAGUUACGUCUUGCUGGAAAUGCUUUGACAUACAUUCCCAAGGGAGCGUUCACGGGCCUUCACAGCCUCAAAGUGCUUAUGCUGCAGAACAACCAGCUGAGACAGGUUCCGGAGGAAGCGCUACAGAAUUUGAGAAGCCUUCAAUCCCUGCGCCUAGAUGCCAACCACAUCAGCUACGUGCCACCCAGCUGUUUCAGCGGCCUGCACUCCCUGAGGCACCUGUGGCUAGAUGACAAUGCUCUCACAGACGUCCCUGUCCAGGCUUUCAGAAGUUUAUCAGCCCUGCAAGCCAUGACCUUGGCCCUGAACAAAAUACACCACAUAGCAGACUACGCCUUUGGGAACCUCUCCAGCCUCGUGGUUCUGCAUCUCCAUAAUAAUAGAAUCCACUCCCUGGGAAAGAAAUGCUUUGAUGGACUCCACAGCCUGGAGACUUUAGAUUUAAAUUAUAAUAACCUUGAUGAAUUCCCCACUGCAAUCAAGACACUCUCCAACCUUAAGGAACUAGGAUUCCACAGCAACAACAUCAGGUCAAUACCGGAGCGAGCGUUCGUAGGCAACCCUUCUCUUAUCACAAUACACUUCUAUGACAACCCCAUCCAAUUUGUUGGAGUAUCUGCUUUUCAGCAUUUGCCUGAACUAAGAACACUGACUUUGAAUGGUGCCUCACACAUUACUGAAUUUCCUGACUUAACAGGAACUGCCACCCUGGAGAGUCUGACUUUAACUGGAGCAAAGAUCUCAUCUCUUCCCCAGGCCGUCUGUGAUCAGUUACCUAAUCUCCAAGUGCUAGAUUUGUCUUACAACCUGCUCGAAGACUUACCCAGUUUGUCAGGCUGCCAAAAACUUCAGAAAAUGAACUUAGCAUGGAAUAAGAUUGCUAUCAUUCACCCCAGUGCGUUUUCUACGUUGCCGUCUCUAAUAAAGUUGGACCUAUCAUCCAAUCUGCUGUCUUCCUUCCCCGUGACUGGGUUACAUGGUUUAACUCACUUAAAAUUAACAGGGAACCGAGCCUUACAGAGCCUGAUACCAUCUGCAAACUUCCCAGAGCUCAAGAUUAUAGAAAUGCCAUCUGCUUACCAGUGUUGUGCAUUUGGGGGGUGUGAGAAUGUCUAUAAAAUUUCUAACCAAUGGAAUAAAGAUGACGGCAACAGUGUGGACGACCUUCAUAAGAAAGACGCUGGGUUAUUUCAAGUUCAAGAUGAGCGGGACCUUGAAGAUUUCCUGCUUGACUUCGAGGAAGACCUGAAGGCCCUUCACUCGAUGCAGUGCUCGCCUUCCCCAGGUCCCUUCAAGCCCUGUGAGCACCUAUUUGGUAGCUGGCUGAUCCGAAUCGGGGUGUGGACCACGGCAGUACUGGCGCUUUCCUGCAAUGCCUUGGUGGCUUUGACCGUGUUCAGAACUCCUCUGUACAUCUCUUCCAUAAAGCUGCUAAUUGGGGUAAUCGCGGUAGUGGACAUUCUCAUGGGGGUCUCCAGUGCUGUGCUGGCUGCCGUGGAUACAUUCACUUUUGGCCGUUUUGCUCAGCACGGUGCGUGGUGGGAAGACGGAAUCGGCUGCCAAAUCGUUGGCUUCCUGUCCAUUUUUGCUUCCGAAUCGUCGAUCUUCCUGCUCACUCUGGCAGCACUGGAACGAGGUUUUUCUGUCAAGUGCUCUUCGAAGUUUGAAGUGAAAGCUCCCCUUUUUAGCCUGAGAGCGAUCAUUUUGCUGUGUGUCCUGUUGGCCCUGACCAUUGCCACAAUCCCCUUGCUAGGAGGCAGUAAGUACAAUGCCUCUCCCCUCUGCCUGCCCUUGCCCUUUGGGGAGCCCAGCACCACGGGCUACAUGGUGGCUCUCGUGUUGCUCAACUCUCUCUGUUUCCUCAUAAUGACCAUUGCCUACACAAAGCUCUACUGCAGUUUGGAGAAAGGAGAGCUAGAGAAUCUUUGGGAUUGUUCUAUGGUGAAGCACAUUGCUCUGUUGCUCUUCACCAACUGCAUCCUUUACUGCCCCGUGGCGUUCUUAUCCUUCUCCUCUUUGCUAAACCUCACAUUUAUCAGUCCUGACGUCAUUAAAUUUAUACUUCUAGUGAUUGUCCCACUUCCUGCCUGUCUCAACCCGCUUCUCUACAUUGUCUUCAAUCCCCAUUUUAAGGAGGAUAUGGGCAGCCUGGGAAAGCAUACCGGUUUCUGGACGAGAUCAAAACACCCGAGUCUGCUGUCCAUUAACUCGGACGAUGUUGAGAAACGGUCCUGUGAGUCAACCCAAGCCUUAGUAUCCUUUACCCACGCCAGCAUAGCCUAUGACUUGCCUUCCAAUUCCGGGUCAUCACCAGCUUACCCCAUGACUGAAAGCUGUCAUCUCUCUUCAGUUGCAUUUGUCCCAUGUCUCUAGUGACUAUGAGAGAGGAACGUUUUUAAGAGUUGGAAACCUGAAAAAAUGAUUUCUAUCAGAGCAGUAGCUAAGAAAAGCUGAGCUAAAACCUACCUUAAAACCCAAGCAAACAUCUCUAAAUAGGUGUGGAAACAGUGAUACCUUAGAACAUGAGAGCAUCAUCACUCUAAACACCGCUUGUAUCAUUUGUUCAGCUAAGAAGGAAAGCCAUCAAGUCACUUAGAUGAACCCAGAUGAGAAAAGCAGCUCUUCAAGUUGUAUUCUCUUCUAACUCACCAGCAUAGUCUCUCAUAGUGAGAAGAUUCAUUGGAUGACUCAAUGGGUGUAUUUAAAUCCACAAAUUCCUUUUUUAAAAGGUUAGAGUUUUAAGAAGAAGAAGAAAAAAAAAAAACGGAUCUUCAAUGGGCUAUGUUGCCCACAGAGUUUAGUUUUAAUGGCUACACAGAGAUGGUUGUGUGUCUUUUUCCCUUUUGACGGACAGGCUCCUUCCAAGACACCAGUUUCUUGAAUUGAUAAUUUGAGACAUUUUUAAUCCAUACAUAAAUUUAAGAUACUGGGUUCUAAGCCAGGCAUAGUGACUCACGCCUUUAAUCCCAGCACUUGGGAGGCAGA